CUUAUAGAGAAUGGAAAUAUGGGAGAUGAAGAGGAUGUUCUGUCGGAAGUUGCGCAAAGGACUUACAAGUUGAGGUCAGUGUCGUCCAUGCUGGAAAACAGGCUGAACAGAAUGGAAGACAACAGCUCAGAUGGAGUAAGUGACAACUCUUUCCAGUUAUCCAUGUCCAGACCCAAGACAGGCACGAGGCAGAGGCAAACAACAUGUCCAGCAUCCUGGUGGGACCAGGAAUGGAUGCUCAACGAUGGGGGCCUUCAAGAGAUUGACCUCCCGACGAGGCUGUCUGUGGUGGACCAAGGGGCAGAGGAGCUCGAGAGGACGAAGAGAGCGGUGGAGAAGCUGACGGAAAUCGGGCAUGCAGAGACCUCUCCUUCAAGGAGCUCGACGGAGAACGUGGCGAUCGAGUCGAAGUACCAAUCUUUGAGAGAGGAGGUGGACGAUCUCAGGAAGAAAGAGACUGCGUCCAAUCUGAAGAUGCUCUCCUCCUCCACGCCCUCCUCCUCCUCAGCUGCCAGGGCGAAGCAGCUGAACAAGUUCAAAAGUCGCUUCGAGUUCUCAGAUAUGCUUAGGUGGGAGCUCAGCAUUCAAAAGGAUAGGGACAGCACGUUCCUCACCCGCGACCUCCCUGGAUCUGUGAAGCGCCUCAAUGUCGACGAGUGGAUGCAGCAAGGAGUAGACGAGGCAGUGCAG